AUGGAGCCUUCAGACAAUCUCCGCCACCAACUCCUUAAAUACCUCGAAGAUCGAGCAAACCGAACCUCUUCUACAACAAUCCCAGCACCACCGCCAUACACAACCAACCCAUCAACCUCAACCUCAAUUCCAAACACACCCCGCAUCCCAAUCAUGUACGUCCCAAACAACACCUACUACGACGAGGACUACGACUGGGAAGAACCUAGCCCCACCACUAUCUCUAUCACAAUCGAUUUCUCAAUCACUAUCACCGGUGACAAGAACACCGUCACGAUGUCCUCGCCACAAGUUGAUUCUCCAGCGAGCGAUACAACCAACUCCAGCAUUGAAACAACCAAUGCCAAUGCCAAUACCAAAGACCUCGGAUAUAGCCCGGAGCAAAUGGACCAACUCGCCCCCACUAUCAUCAAUGCCCUCAAGUCUCAGGGCUUGACAGAGGAAAAAGGCCGCAAGCGCCCCAUCACCCUCGCACUCAAGCGUGGCAUUGCCAUCAAGGGGAUUGACAAUAAGGUCUGCAUUGGGAAUCCAAGUCCCCGUCCACCCGCGCGCUCGAUCUACGACGAUGACAGUGAUGGGGAUACCAUCCGUUCUGCGUCGACGGUGUCGCGACGGACUUGCUCGGAGUCAUUGGGUUCUGACGCGGGCGUGGAGGAGGAAACUGAGGCUACUUCUAGAGAGGACAUGCCGCCUGCUAAACGGCGUUGUUAUUGA